AUGGUACUUUCAAGAACCUUCUUGGUAAGUACUUAUACGGCUAUUCUUCUUUCUCUUUCCAAGUUUGCAAAAGCUGAUGAAGAUGCUGCCACUACUGUCACUCAUACAAACUACAUAUAUCCUGAUUGCUUUAAAUCUCAGGUCGACACUAUUGUGCAAGACCUUCCUGCCAGUCAGACCACUGGUAUCCCAAUAGUUUUUGUAUAUGCUCCUGAAGGUGCUGAAGCUAAUACUUUCGCUGCUGGGGCUCCUGGUGCUGCUGGCACUCCUGGUACUUCUGGUACUCCUGGUACUCCUGGUACUCCUGGUACUCCUGUUACUGCUGCUUCAGUUACUGCUGCUUCAGUUACUGCUGCUCAUACCACCGAUGCUUACUUCCAUUAUACCGCUAGUUCAGAUAAUACUCACUAUCAAACUGUUACUUCGUGCUCCAAUAAUGUCUGUUCAAGUUCAGUAACUAGUAAUGUUGUUCCUCAUUACUAUACUACGAGUGCCCUUUCGCUGACUUCUACUGAAAGCUCUAUCGAAACUGAAACCGAAACCGAUGAUAACUCUAAAUCUGGUUCUGGUUCUACUAUCUAUGAUUAUGAAACUGAAACCAAUGAUCACACCGAAACUGAUACCGUAACUGCUAAAGCUAAAAUCUUAAAAGUUGCAAAAACUACAACUAAGACUAUUUUCAAAGCUUCUACUAGGCCAAUGAAACUUUAUUCUCCUAGCACUAGUACUGUUACUAAAACAACUACUCAAAAGAAUCCUUUAGUUACUGCCAAGGUUGUUACCAAAACCCAAACUAAAACUAUUGACUCUGAUAAAAUCACUAAAGGCUUUUCUAUGGCUAGCUCAAGUCACAAGUCUUCUCAAGUGUCCAGUUCUGCUUCUGGUUUGGGUAACUCUAGCUUUGUUGCUUCAAACUUAAGUGUUCCUUCAUCAUUGACAACUUCCACAAUUGAUUUGAGAGUUAGUUCUGGUUUAUCAAGUGCUUAUGCUGCUUCAAGCCAUGCUGCUAAACUUACAAAAUACGGUAAUUCUUCUUCCACUGCUUCUUCAUCCAGCUUAUCCCAAGCUUCUCUUACUAACGCAAAAUUGCCUGCUGGGUCUGCUUCUGCUGAGUCUGCUUCUGCAGGUUCUUCUUCUGUUUCUCCAACUCUCACUGCUGCUGCUGCUGGACCUUCAACUAAAUCUGGUUCAUCUUCAACCAACCCUGCUACUUCCGCAUCUGACCUCUCUGUUGGUGUUAGUGCUUCCAUUUCUCUCUCUGUUGGAAUUCACUCAUCAGAUGCCUGUGGUGUUACCGAUUUGUUUGAAGCCAUCGAAACUGAAGCUCCUUCUGACGUUUUCGAAAGAAAAGAACUUCCUUUGGAUAUCCCUGACGGUGUUGAUAAUAAUGGUGUUCCAUAUGAAACCAAUAAGUUCUACGCUAACUUAUUCUUAGAUGAUCAAACUGAUAUGAUCUGGUCUUAUCCAUAUGGUUUAUACUGGAAGACUCAAGAUUACUAUGGAUUUGGUGUUCAACAUACUAAUACUUCUAACAGAAUUUUUGGUUCUCAAGAUACUAAUAAUAAAGAUGUUGAUUCAUACUAUUAUAACCCAACAAACACUGCUGAAGUUCUUUUCUCUGCUACAACUUUCUCUAAAGACUCAAACCAUUUGAGUGUUAGUCAACUGCGUGAUAUGUCUGUCUUGGUUCAACUUUCUCCAGAAAAAUCCGUUGGUAAAGACUAUAUUGACAUUCCAAUUGUUCAAGGUAUGGGUUUUGUUACUGGUGUCUAUCAUGGUGAUUUAACUCCAGAAAUAGAUUCAUUAAUUGGUUUUGAUUCUGUUUCUAAAGAAAGUUCUGAUGCUUUAAGUAAAACUACUUUGAAAUAUCGUGCAACUUUAUUUAAUGGUGUUGAAUGGUUAAUUUAUGUCACUUUACCAAAAGACUCUAAGGUCGAUGACUAUGAAUUAAGUGCUAAAUCUCCCUACAAAAUUACUGCUUCUUCUGCUGUUGAUGGUGCCGUUAUUCAAGUCGCUGUUGCUCCUUCAAAGAGCUCACAAGACGGAUACUACGAUCAAGCUGCUGGUAUGUAUCCAACAUCUGCUGAGCUUACUGGGUCAGUCUCUGGAUGUUCUGAUGCUACUUAUGGAUUUAAAUAUUCAACUAAUGGUUCUUCAAGCUCUGAUAAAACUAUUGUCUUUGCGUUACCUCACCAUGUUGAUUCUCUUACUGGUUCCACUAAAGAUACUUCUACUGGAAUUAAAUUGGCUUCAACUACUAAAGGUGACAUGUAUGGUUAUUUAACUAAUGAAUUGAAAAUGUCUGAAACUUUAGAAUCCAACAUUGGUUUCUUACCAUGGACCAAAAACAUGAAAGGUCUGCUUUCAUACACUUCUGAUCAAUUAAAACUUUUAGCUAAAUCAGCUAAUGAAGAAUUAGGAGUUGAUAUUGACCAAACUGUUCAAGGUGCUGAUUCAACUUACUCUUCUGGUAAAUUACUUGAUAAAUAUGCUUAUAUCUUGUUGGUUGUGAAUGAUAUUAUUCAAGAUUCUGAUGUUGCUAACUCAACUUUAAGUGAUAUGAAAGAUGCUUUUGAACCAUUUUUCAAGAAUAAACAAUAUUACCCUCUUAUGUAUGAUACCAAAUGGGGUGGUAUUACUUCUAGUGCUGCUCAAGAUGGUGAUACUGGUGCUGAUUUUGGUGCUCCAUACUAUAAUGAUCAUCACUUCCAUUAUGGUUAUUAUGUCCAUGCAGCUGCAAUUGUUGGUUACGUUGAUAAGAAGCUCGGUGGUAAUUGGGCAGAAGAAAAUAAAGAUUGGGUCAAUGCUUUAGUUAGAGACGUUGCUAACCCAUCAGAAGAUGAUUCAUAUUUCCCAGUUUCUAGAAUGUUUGAUUGGUUUGCUGGUCACUCUUGGGCUAGUGGUCUUUUCGUUAGUGGUGAUGGCCGUAAUGAAGAAUCAACUUCUGAAGAUUAUAACUUUGCUUAUGGUAUGAAAUUAUGGGGUAACGUUCUUGAAAAUGACUCAAUGGAACGUAGAGGUGACUUGAUGUUGUCUAUUAUGAGUAGAUCUAUGAACAAAUACUUCUACUAUUCUGAUGACAAUGAUGUUGAACCUUCUGAAAUCCUUCCAAAUAAGGUUUCUGGUAUUUUCUUCGAUAACAAGGUAACUUAUACUACAUACUUCGGGUCGCCAGAUAAGAACCCAGAAUAUGUUCACGGUAUCCAUAUGUUACCAAUCACCCCUGCCUCUUCAAUUAUGAGAGGUCCAACUUUUGUUGAGCAAGAAUGGAAACAACAGAUCUCUACUUUCAUUGAUAAUGUUAAGAGUGGUUGGACCGGUAUCUUAAGACUUAACCAAGCCUUAUUCGAUCCAAAAUCAUCUUAUAAAUUCUUCUCUGCUGAUGAUUUCGAUUCCAAGAAAUACUUGGAUGAUGGUCAAAGUAGAACUUGGAGUUUGGCAUUCUCUGGUGGGGUUGCCAACUCAUCUUAA